CAUAUGACGAGGUUCAUCUCACGAAUGGAACUCCUUCCGACCUAGGCGGUCUGUGGACCGACCUUGCGUCUCACACCCAGCUGCGCGCUUGUGCAUCGUCGAACGUUGAACAUCUUAUCUGAACAUUGAGGGAUGUCGACAAGACGGACCGCUGAUGCGCCGAGAGGCGUCAAUAGAGGCCGCGUCGGCAGGGGCGGCGUCAAGAGGGGACGCGUCAGGGGAGGCGCUGGUCAAGGAGCUAUCGGUGGGACUGGCGCCACCGGAGAAGAAGCUAGCGGAGCAGGCGCCGGACGAGGAGCAAGCGUUAGAGGUAGAGGCGCCGGCAGGGGUCGUGGUGCUGGCAAAAGAGCCGCCAACAAGAUCGGAGGUAAUCAGCAGAAACCAACGACAAAGGAGGUCCAUCCCAACGGUCAGCGCCUCAUCAAGAUCGUGGAUAUCGCGCUCGUGUACCACACCUCGGUCGACAUCCCCACCAUCCCCAUUUUCAAGCGGACUGGCCUGAAGAGCGCGAGCCCCGCGACCUUGAUCACCCCCGGACAGCUCAAGGCGGCUCGCAAGCGUCUGCAGGAGGACGUGGGGAAGCGCGAGGCUGAAGCUGGUCCUUCGAAGAAGCCUGAAGUCCCCACAGACCCCUCAGACCCCUCGGAUUCUUCUGACGACUCGGAUGACCCGGGUCACUGGGACUCGGACGAUGGAUUCCAGGCUCGGGAUUGGGGAUAUGACUACUCAGAUGACGAUGACGGUCUCCGUGAUCUCGUGGAACAGAUUGGGUCGGGGUUCGGUUGCACUGCGCCGGGAAUGGCGUACAAGCACUGGGAUGAUUAGGAUGCAUUGUGUGUCCGACUUCCUUUUUGCCGCUUAGCGGCUUCGCUGACUGCCCGUCUAGUAUAUAGUUUCUUCUACUCCUCGAAUUACCUACCGUCUACUAUGCCUGGCCGUCGUCUUGCACGGCGAUACGUACUUGUUCUGUCCGCAAACACCAUUGUUUCGUAUAUGCCUCCUUACCCGAACACUCGCCGCCUAGGGCAUGCAAAGAAUGAUAUUGAAUUUCUACGG